CGUCAAAGAUGUCUUUCCAAAUCAAAACGGUCUCCUUGAUCGUCCUCGUCCUGCUGGCGAUAUCCUUUUCGGAGGCUAGUCUUCGUCGUCGCGCUGUUUCCUCAGACUCUGCCCCUUCCGCGGAAAAGUUUAGCUCCAGAAUUAUUGGAGGAGAAGUAUCCGAUGUCCUGGCGGCUCCCUAUCUAGUCUCGCUGCAAAACGGCUAUGGUAACCACUUUUGUGGCGGUGCCAUCAUCGCAGGUCGGUGGGUGGUGACCGCGGCCAGUUGCGUGGCUGGCCUGCGUAGCAACAAUGUGAAGGUGGUCACCACUACCUACAACAAUUGGGGAUCGGCUGGCUGGGAAUACUCCGUGGAGGAGAUCAUCAUGCACUGCAACUUCGAUAAACCGAUGUACCACAAUGACAUUGCCUUGAUCAAGACCCAUGCGCUUUUCGAUUACGAUGAAGUGACCCAGAAUAUCACCACCGCUCCCUUGCAGGAUUUAACGGAGGGCGAGACGCUGACCAUGUACGGAUAUGGAUCAACGGAGAUCGGUUGGGAUUUGUCAUGGGAGCUGCACCAACUGGAUGUGACCUAUGUAUCGCCGGAGAAGUGCAACUCCACGUACGGCGGUACUCAAGAUCUGGAUCUGGGUCACCUGUGUGCCGUGGGAAAGGUGGGAGCCGGAGCCUGUCAUGGGGAUGCCGGAGGACCCCUUGUGGACAGUCGAGGUCGCCUGGUGGGCGUUGGUAACUGGGGCGUGCCCUGCGCCUACGGAUUCCCCGAUGUCUUCGCCCGCAUUAGCUUCUACUACAGCUGGAUUACAUCCACGAUCAACGGUUGUGCUAUUUCCUAAUCAAUAAAGUUGGAUAAAACUUGUGGUA